AUGGAAGUUUCUGAGCAGCCGUCUAACCGCGCCGGCGAAACCAUAAGCAAAAAUUCACUGAAGCGAGAACUGAAGAACAAACAGAGAGAAGAAGAAAGGAAGCGCAAGGAGGAGGAGAAAGCCAAAAAGGCAGCUGAAAUGCAGCGGGCUAAGGAUAACAAGUCUGCACCAGUUGAUGAGGAUGAUAUGGACCCGACUCAAUACCUUGAGAAUAGGCUGAGGUAUCUUGCAGUUCAAAAGGCAGAAGGCAGAAAUCCAUAUCCCCACAAAUUCUUUGUCACUAUGGCUCUUGAUGAAUACAUCAAGGAAUAUGGAGGUUUAAGUGAAGGGCAGCACCUUGAGGAUGUUUCUGUGUCUUUGUCUGGUCGGAUCAUGAACAAGCGCACCUCUGGUUCUAAGCUUGUCUUUUAUGAUCUGCAUGGUGGUGGUUUCAAGGUCCAGGUUAUGGCCGAUGCGAGUAAAUCAGACUUGAAUGAGGCUGGCUUUUCCAAAUUUCAUUCUAAUGUGAAGCGUGGUGACAUAGUUGGUAUCACUGGAUUUCCUGGAAAAAGUAAGAAGGGUGAGCUUAGUAUUUUUCCAAAGACAUUUGUAGUGCUGUCACAUUGUUUGCAUAUGAUGCCCAGGCAAAAGUCUGCUGCUGCUGCUGAUAAUAGAAAUCCAUGGGUACCAGGAAGUACCAGGAAUCCUGAAAUAUAUAUCUUGAAAGACCAGGAAACUAGAUAUCGCUUACGCCAUUUGGAUUUGAUGCUUAAUCCAGAGGUCCGAGAAAUCUUUAAGACCAGAUCUAAAAUCAUUUCUUACAUUAGGAGGUUCCUUGAUGACCUUGAUUUCUUAGAGGUCGAAACACCUAUGAUGAACAUGAUUGCUGGUGGAGCUGCAGCACGCCCAUUCGUAACCCAUCACAAUGACCUUAACAUGAGGUUGAACAUGAGGAUUGCUCCAGAACUGUAUCUUAAGGAGUUGGUUGUUGGUGGGUUGGACCGUGUUUAUGAAAUUGGCAAACAAUUUAGAAAUGAGGGCAUAGAUUUGACUCAUAAUCCUGAGUUUACUACUUGUGAGUUCUAUAUGGCUUAUAAGGACUACAAUGACUUAAUGGAUAUAACAGAGCAAAUGUUGAGUGGUAUGGUCAAGGAACUUACAAAGGGAAGCAAUAAAAUCAAGUAUCAUGCUGAUGGGAUUGAUAAGGAACCUAUUGAAAUUGAUUUUACUCCACCUUUCAGAAGAAUUGACAUGAUUGAAGAAUUGGAGAAGAUGGCAGGCCUCAGUAUUCCGAAAGACUUGUCGAGUGAGGAAGCUAAUCAAUAUUUGAAGGACGUAUGCUUGAAGUGUGAGAUUAAAUGUCCACCUCCUGAGACAACUGCACGUUUGUUGGAUAAACUUGUGGGUCACUUUUUGGAAGAAACGUGUGUAAAUCCUACAUUCAUCAUAAACCAUCCUGAGAUAAUGAGUCCUCUAGCAAAGUGGCACAGAUCGAAGCCAGGCCUGACCGAACGUUUUGAAUUAUUUAUUAAUAAGCAUGAACUUUGCAAUGCGUACACUGAACUGAAUGACCCUGUAGUACAACGACAGAGAUUUUCCGAACAACUCAAGGAUCGGCAAUCAGGUGAUGAUGAAGCAAUGGCCUUGGAUGAAACAUUUUGUACGGCUCUGGAGUAUGGUUUGCCACCUACUGCUGGUUGGGGCUUGGGUAUUGAUCGAUUGACCAUGUUAUUGACAGAUUCACAGAAUAUCAAGGAGGUUCUUUUCUUCCCUGCCAUGAAACCUCAAGAUUGACCCUUCUACCAAAGCCGUUUUUGAAUCAUCAUCAUACACAGGUUUGUUCUGCCUCAAGCCAUUGAUAUAUAGAGGGAAGAGAACGGCUGUUCUUUGUCUAAUUUUGCUAGAAAACAAAGAAUUAAAAAUAAAAAUGCUUCAGAUCAUAUGCAUGGGUUAGGGAACAGAGAUUGACUAGUUUGAAACCCCCGAACUUUAACUGUGCAUUCUGAUGAGAAAUGUUUAGUCAAAAAAUGGUUUAUAUGUGCCAUGUGCAUCAGGUUAUGAAACCAAAAACACAAUGGAAGCAGAUGAAUUUGUGUUGUCAAAAUUGAGAUCUUUUUACUGUAAGUGAGUAAUUAAACCAAACUUCAAUAAGAAAAGAAUGUCGAAACAACAGACAUUUCAAUUUCUACAGAAGCAUUGUGGCCUUUGUUCAGGGCUUGAUGCCACACUAUAUUGGCCAUUGUGGCUGUAACACUACAAAGUUCUGCAACUGGGUUUUGGUAUUGGUAGUUCUCCUUAGUGCUGCUCAAUGACAAUAUAACUUCCAUUUUCCGCAAAUAACAGUUAGAAAACUUGUGUUACCAUUUGAUAUGAGUUAAAUAUCCAGGAAUAGUUUUCAUGAGUUAAAUUCAUAUCUACUAUAAAUGGCAAUGAUUUUUGGUUGGUAUGGAAUCCGUGUUUGAUUUAUGCUUUCUUAAGUUGUUACUUUUGUAGUUUACAACAGUCGUUUUCGAGUUGGAGUUUU